AUGGCCUUGGCUACAAACAAUUUUAGCGAGUCUGCUCAAAUUGGAGAAGGGGGCUAUGGGAAGGUUUAUAAAGGUCGUCUUCCAGAUGGUACUGUUGUUGCCAUAAAACGUGCACAAGAGGGUUCAUUGCAAGGUGAGAGGGAGUUCCUUACAGAAAUAGAAUUGCUAUCAAGGCUACACCAUCGCAACCUUGUGUCUCUGAUUGGAUACUGUGAUGAAGAGGGUGAACAGGCUAUGGUUUGUCCUAAAAUGUUGGUUUAUGAAUAUAUGCCAAAUAAAACUCUUAGGGAUCACCUUUCUGUUCAUUCAAAAGAAGCUCUUAGUUUUUCUCUGAGGUUGAAGAUUGCUCUAGGAUCAGCAAAAGGUCUUUUAUAUCUACACACAGAAGCUGAUCCUCCAAUAUUCCACCGAGAUGUGAAGGCCAGCAAUAUAUUAUUGGACUCUAGGUACACAGCAAAAGUUGCUGAUUUUGGACUUUCAAGACUUGCUCCAGUUCCAGAUACUGAAGGAAAUGUACCUGGUCAUGUAUCGACAGUAGUAAAGGGGACCCCGGGUUACCUUGAUCCAGAAUACUUCUUAACUCGUAAUUUGACUGACAAAAGUGAUGUUUAUAGUCUUGGUGUUGUAUUUCUGGAACUUUUGACUGGGAGGCCACCGAUCUAUCAUGGUGAAAAUAUUAUUAGACAGGUUAAUAUGGCUUACCGAUCUGGUGGAAUAUCUUUGGUUGUUGAUAAACGUUUUGAGUCUUAUCCUUCAGAGUAUGCAGAGAAAUUUUUGACUUUAGCCUUGAAGUGCUGCAAAGAUUUACCAGAUGAGAGGCCUAAAAUGGCAGAAGUGGCAAGAGAGCUUGAAUACAUGUGUUCUAUGUUACCCGAGUCAAAUACCAAGGGACCUGAAUAUGUUGCAAGUGAUUCUUCUGGUACAAUAUUCAGUUCACAACCUUCAUCAUCUACUACAAAGACUGCUUUUAUUUCAGGAGAUGUGUCAGGCAGUGACCUUGUCAGUGGAAGUAUACCAACCAUCAAGCCAAGAUAG